AUGGCUUCAGCCGCUACGAAACGUACGAGACCUUCAUUCUCCCCUCCAAGACCGGGCAAAUCAAAGUCUACGAAGUCCGUUAGAGACAUCAGGAAGAGCACAAAUGGCGUGAAGAAGGCGAGAACAUCUUCAGGCAGCAAUAAAGCACAAGCAAGAGGGAAAUCACCAACGCAGAGACGACGGCAUCAGCAACGACACGGACCAACACAAAAACAAAGGGGCGAUGGGGGUACAAUGAGGGUGAUUUUGGGUGAUGGGGAGGACGACGACGACGAUGUUGAUGAUGGGAAAAACGAAGAUCUAGACAUGGACUCAGACCCGGAGGGGUCCAGCGACUCUGACGAUGAAGACCUCGAGAACGUCGACAAUGACGAUGGAGAGGAAGAAGAUGAGGGGGAAGACCGGGACGAAAACCAAGAACAGCAAGCCUCCACGCCUCCUCUCUCACUCUCAUCGCCUGAACCAGAUUAUAUACUUGCAGAGAUCACACACCCAAACCCUUCACGCCGUUCGAAAACAAAUGUAAAUGCGACGUCCGUGACAGGAGAAGAACCCGCGAUUCCGUUGCCUCUAAUCCACCGCAUCAUGCAAUCGCACUUCACUGCGCCGGAGAAAACGACGAUUUCAACAGACGCCCGUGCCCUGCUGGGCAAAUAUAUUGAGAUAUUUGUCAAGGAGGGGAUUCGGCGGUGUGUGGAUGAGAGGAGAGAAAGAGAAGGAGGAGGUGCAGGCCGGUUGGAUAGUGGCUGGUUGGAGCUGGAGGAUCUCGAGAGGGUGGCGACGCAGUUGUGUUUGGAUUUUUAA